CAUGUUAGCGCGCCACGACGACGGUUUAUUUUACUCUUUUGUUUUGGUUUAAGCCGAAACGUAGAUUCAUUCCUCGUGGUGAGAGAGACACGAAAACGAAAAUGUGGGACAGAAACAUCAUGAGUUCUUGCGAAGUAGUUAAAGAUCGCUUAUAUUUUGUGAGUGUGAGUUGUAAACCGCGAAACAACUCGUCCUAUCACUAUUUUAGCGUGGAUCCUGACUGGACUCUCGACGGUUGUAAAUUUCACGACACACCUUACUUCGGACCGCCAAAUCUGGCUGGAAUCUACCGUUUCUGUUGCCUUGUUAACACUAAACUUCACAUGGUCCCGGUUUCGAAGAAGAUUGUACUUUACACAACAGCUAAUGAGGGUUUUUCCGACGCGAAGAAGCGAACGCGGUCUGUUUUCCUGUGUGGUGCCUUCGCCAUGUGUCAACUCAAGAUGACCGCCGAAGAAAUUUACGCUUUACUAGAAAAGCACUUCCUGUCUUCAACUCUGGUUUCUUACUGCGAUAUCAAUGGUAAUGUAUCCCACAACCUUAGCAUUCUAGACUGUCUCAAAGGUUUUGAGAAGGCAAUAGCGCUGGGGUUCUUCAAAUUUGACGAGUUUGACUUGAAUCGAUACGAGCAGGAAGAACGCGCUUUUGAUUUGAACUGGAUCAUUCCGGGAAAGUUGUUGGCGUUGAGUGAUCCUCAGAGAAGACCUGAACUCAAAGUGAGUCGAUUCAGUCGCCUGAGAAAAUAUUUCAGGCAGACUGGAGUCAAGGGUGUCGUAAGACUGAAUAAGGACGACAACAUGGUGAAAUACGGGCUUAUUUACGAUGCGCGAUGUUUUACCGCUAACGGCUUCUCGCAUAGCGAUCUUUACUAUGAAGAUGGUGGAAUUCCAACUAAAGCAAUCAUCAAGAAAUUCACACGAGUCGUUGAUCAGUGCGAUGGAGCCGUCGCCGUUCACUGCCGAGCCGGUUUAGGAAGAACAGGAACUCUAAUCGCAUGUUAUUUGAUCAGACACUACCGAUUUUCAGCUGCCGAGUCCGUAGGUUGGUUACGCAUCUGUAGGCCGGGCAGCGUGUCAACACUUCAACAUUGUUUCCUCGAACAUAAACAAGAACCGAUUAUGCGGGGGUAUCCCGAAGAUAUGAAGAUCGAAGAUCUUACCGAAGCCGUGAAAAAAAGUUUGAACAUGUUUUCCUACCAAAACACGAUCAUCGAAGAGCAGGAGGAGUAAACAUGAAUAUUUAUGACACUAAUAUGUGUUACUAGGAAAAUUCUUUGACGUCUGGCUUGUGGGGCGGCAAACGACAGCUGGGAGAAUAUUAAUGAGGAACUUCCUUCUUAGCCAAUUGCUUGCCAAGAAAACCAGACAUGUUUAUUUUGAUCUCACCUGAAGAUGAAAUGUGUCUAGCUUUGAUCAAUCUUCAGUGCCAGGAAAAUUAAUUCAAGCCAACUCCUCUUUAAUUUUUUUUUUUUUUGUUUUUUUUUUUUGAGCUCUGAGGUUCUCUUAUAUUUGGUUACUUGAUAGGUAAAAGGUUUUCAGGUCAAGAUCUGCUAAUUUUUUUCCAUUGUAGCAUACUUAAUAUUAUAUUUUCUCCUCAAUUCACCAAACUUAUAAUGGACAUGGCCUUAAUUUCUUUCAAUGCUUUACUUUUAAAUUCACUACCUCUAAUUUGUUUGCAAACUCUAAUAUGCUUGAUCCAAAAGUCAGGAAAGGCCUCAAGAAGAAAUAUUAUAGAUAAAAUUAUGUGUUCCAAGGUGUCAUCAAUUGUGGCCUCAUCAACAACAAUUAAGCUAAAAAUGUCCUAAAGACAAUUUGUGAAAGCCAGUUUGAAUCUAUUUUUUAAAACUGUGUGUUAAACAUAUUCUGAACAUCAAGGUAAAGGGAGCAGUUAAUGAAUUAGAAAUUUACACUACGUUAUCAAUAGUAAAAACACAUUUUAAAGCCUUUCUUGAAAUGAAUUUUCAUUGAGAAGGUGGUCAAGUUCCCUUUUUUUCUGGAAUUAAAGCAGAUUGGAAUUUGAGAGAACUCAUGUCAUGACACUCGAUUUAAAGUUGUAAUAAUGGUAAAAACUAUAUAAUCACUUUGGUAACAUUUGAUGAUAGGUUAAAACGUGUACCAUUCCAGAUUAACAAAGAUUGAAUUGGUAUUGUUGUAAAAAUAUACCAUUUAUUUUUUGUCUUGCAGGCAAGAUAAAAGAAGAAAUAAUAAUGUUACCCUAAAUUUUAAAAUUGUGGGAAUAUUUCAUCAGUGGUGUAUCUUUCAUCUCAUUUGGUUAAAAUAUGAAAUGUUAAUUGUAUAUUUACUGUUCAACCACUGAUCAAUUAUUUCCCCAAAAGAUUUUGUAAGAUCCUUGUAAUUUUCUUUAAAGGUUAAUAUUGCUGUAGCAUAAUUUGACAUUAUUUAGAUAUUUAAAAUUUAAAAACAUGUCGCUGUUGUAAAUGUAAAAGUUAUAUUUUCAACUCAGUUGUAAAGGUGUAAUUAACAGUCAUUCAGAGCAAUUUGUAAAUGUUGUUGCUCAAUAUUGUAUCACUAGGAACCUUUUGCCAAGCCUUAGUGUAAGUAGAUUCUGGAAAGUACAGGCUUUUUGUUCAGGGCAGUUGUGCCCUUUUGAUCAUGAAAUAUGACGACAAAUGCUGAUUGUAUGGAUGUCUAAGGAUAUUAUGUAAAUUACUGAAUGAAAUUCAUUGUGUUCAAAGUU